AAUGUCUACGUGGAAUAGAAUAGUUUAAAUGCACGCUAUAACUUCCGUGUCAGGUUUGUUCAAACAACCUUAAGACAAGCUUAUUUUUCGCAAAUUAAGAUAAGACGGUGUAAUUAUUUCACAUCGUUUAUAAAUCUCAUAACAAAACAUAAAAUAUUGUUUGAACAAAGAGGACAAUACUCUGAUAAAUGUUUUGAAAGUUAUUUGAAGUUAUGCCAUUCGUGACAUAAAAUGGGGAUUAUACAAAAUUCUCGUGGACGAAAAAAAGUGGGAGCGUCACUGGAAAUAUUACGUGUAACAACUUAUUGUUGUCACGUGUCGUUAACAUGGCAUUAAAAAGAGUAUCGUGUUUUUCGUUUCAACGGAGUUUUUGAAUUGUUUUAGCGUUUUUAACGGUGCUAACGUUGUUAUUCUUUUCUUAAAUUAAAAAUAUGACAACUAUGACUGUGAACUAAAUUUGAUAGAUUGUAAGAGGUAACAAUUGAAAUAUCGAUCAGAUAUAGAACUCAAACUUAUUAACUACUUACACCCAACAAAUGUCUACAAACAAGGAUAUGGGAUUUCAUAACUGGGUAAAGGCCUGUUUGGCUAUCAAAUGUGUAAGGGAUGUGAUUAUUCCACUAGUUCAAAAAUACUGCAAGGAACAUUAUUCAAAUAACACUGAUCACGUUCUUAAAGUAUGCGGGCUUACCAUAUAUUCAUGUAACCAGUGUGACGUAACAGAAAUAGAGCCUUACCACAAACGUUCACGCACAAAAUGUGGAUACAAAAAAUGUGCUUGCACGGUGAAGAACAUGAACAUGAAGCCUUGUACGGAAAACCUUGCAUGUGGAGUGAUAUAUGACCAAAUCAAGGCUGCUCAUACGUACAAUGAUCCAAGUUGGUCAAACACAAAUUGUAACAAGUGGUCAAGCAGUGCAUGGGAACAGAUGAAAUGCUACAUCUCUACCCCCGGCUAUAAAGAGAAAGCGGAUAUUUCGUGUUCUGAUUUGACAGCUCUAAUUCAGAUUUGUCUAAACUACAUACCUUUAAGGACAUUGUUCAACCAGAAUAUAAUCGACCUUGAUGAGGUGCGGAGGUGCAGAAAUGACAUCUAUCAUUCAAGCACAAUGGAACUGGCAAACGAUCAGCUGAAACAUUUCUUGUCUACCAUGAAAACAUUUUUGAUGUUAAGUUUCUUUCAAGACUACAAAGAUGAAGUCGACUGCCAGUUGGAUAAACUGUCUAAGUUGGAAAACGACGAGUUUGAAGUAUCCAUAGAAAAUGAAAUAGCUGCAAGAAAAGAUGCUUUGGACGGAAUGCAGGAAUUGAUAGCGGAUAUUCAAGGAAAUUAUUCACAAAUGAAGGACCAACUGGAAGAAAUAAAUAAACGCACCGCAGACCAGUGUUCAGACAAUCGAGAAAUAAAACAGCAUUUGUCUGCGCAAACAAAAAAUAUAGAAUUGAUUCAUGAGACGCAAGAAUCGAUGAGUGAGUCGAUGUCUCAUUUGCAAACAAAUAUUAGGGAAUCCAGCGAAAAGACGGAUAAAAUACUAGCAAGUAAUGGCUUAAUACUAGCAAGAAUGGAACAGUUAUAUGAAUUAUUGACAAAGCAAAAUCCUGACUUGAAAGAAACUCUGCAAACAGAUAUCGUCACAAAGAUAAAUGUUAAGCCUACCAAUGCAGAAGCAGGGGACACUGUUUCAGAAGAAAUGUGCACAGCUGGAAUUGAGAUAAUAAACAGUUUCAACGGAGAUUCAGCCGAUGAUCCCCUUAAACACGGUUUAAAAGAUGUCGUGGGAAAGCUUCAGGAAGGCAACAACAAAGUUACUGGCUUUAAACAAAAAUGCUUGGAAAUUUACGUUUCGUCUCCAACAAUAAAAAGUUGGGUGACAUUGAACAAGGCAUUUUUUGAUGGUACCAUAGAAAAAGCUUUCCUACCGUUGCAAACAUACCUGAGAACACGUCAUGGGUGUAGUAAUCUUACCUUAACUAUUGAAUUAGAUCAAGAAUGCUUCAACAAAUGUGCUAACACUAUCAUUAGCACCCUCAAUCGAAUGUUUAACAAUCAACAAACUGAGGUUCACCCAAACAAAGUCAUGGAGAAUGAACGAAAAGAGGAGACGCAUAAAACAGCACAAGCAGGUGACUGCAGCGAAGUCAUAUAUGAUACAGUCACAAAAACACCUGUAGUUAACAUGGAAGUAACUACUCUGUGCGACGAAAUGCAAGCAAUUGUGAAAAAGCCCCUUAUUGCAAGUUGCGAAGAGACAAGAGGUAAAUAGCAAAUGAACACUCGCGGAAAAAAAAUGGAGAAUAUUAGGUUAGUGUCCC